AUGUAUAUUCUCAAUACUUUCUUCAAUAUACGCUGGCAGUUGCUUGCCAAACUAGGGUACGCAGUGCUUAUAGUUGAUGGUAGGGGCAGUAUUCGUAGAGGCACGGCGUUUGAAAAUCACAUUAAAGGGAGAGUGGGCCAGGUGGAGAUCGAUGAUCAGGUGGAGGCGCUCGAGUACUUCAGCGCUACCUUUGGGUGCAUAGACAUGUCACGUAUAGCCAUCCACGGGUGGUCGUACGGUGGUUACCUGGCCCUUAUGGGUCUCGCAACAAGGCCCGAUAUAUUUAAACUGGCUAUCUCUGGCGCCCCGGUAACCGACUGGGAGUUCUACGAUUCCGCGUUCACGGAACGCUACCUCGGACUGCCGGAGGACAAUCCACAGGCAUACGAGGCUGCCAAUCUGUUGUUACGUGCACAUGACUUCCCGGAUGAAGAGGACCGGUUGUUUCUUAUGCACGGCUUAGAAGACGACAACGUUCAUUUCGGACAUACCUCCGCACUGGUUGAAACGCUGGUUAAACAUUACAAACCGUAUAAUCUGAAGAUAUAUCCCAGCGAGCGUCACGGCAUCGAAUCGCAGAAAGCUCUCGAAUACUACGAGGCCCAAACUAUCCAGAUUCUCGGGUCGCAUCUUUGA